UCCCGCAGAGGCGAGCGGUCCGGUCACCGAAACCGAGACCCGGGACUCCGGCUUAAGUUUGUAAAUUAGUUUCAUCGAGUCUGAUUAACUCCUCGGGCUCGUUUUUUUGGGGACUCCUGCGGGUGAUGGCCAGCAGUGGCUGAAGUGUUUUGAUCCAGUCAGUGACAGCCUGCGAACAGCAGGGAGAGCUGUGCGGAGAUCUCACUACAUUUGAUUAUGAGCGUUUCCAAGAAGUGAAGGAAAUCUGGGAGCUUCUUGCUGGGACGAUAGCAAUAUUAACACAGCGUGUGGCGGAUCAAAACCCAAGAAACCAUGGAGGCCUCACAGGACCUCAACGAACAGAUGGUGAAGAAAUCACACAGUGAAUCUCAUGUUCCAGACCCUUCGGACACCAGGUCUAUGGAAAUGCAGGACCUAGCCAGUCCUCAUAACCGUGUGGGAGGUGGAGAUUCGACGGGCUCCAAGCUGGACAAGAACAACCUUGGCAGCCCCUCCAUCACCACCAAUGGAACAGGAGGUGAAAACAUGACAGUUCUAAACACGGCUGAUUGGCUGUUGGGCUGCAGCAGCCCGCCCCCCGCCCCGAGCUCCAAGGACUAUGUCAAAACAGAGCCUAUGAACAACAGCGAUACAGUCACUACGUCAGGCGACACAGCACUGGACACGUACGCAGGCUCAGUAAUCACCAGCAGCGGUUACAGCCCUCGUUCAGCCCACCAGUAUUCCCCUCCUCUCUACCCAUCAAAGCCCUAUCCUCACAUUCUCUCCACACCGGCCGCCCCACCCAUGCCGACGUACGCCGGUCAACCCCAGUUCAGCAGCAUGCAGCCGUCGACCGUCUACACUGCUUACGCCCAGACAGGACAGGCAUACGGACUGUCCUCCUAUGACCUUGGUGUGAUGCUGCCAGGCAUUAAGACAGAGGGUGGCCUGGCCCAGAGUCAGUCUCCUCUGCAGACAGGCCUCAGCUACAGCCCCGGCUUCACCACACCUCAGCCCGGACAGACUGCAUACUCACCCUAUCAGAUGCCAGGUUCCAGUUUCACCCCUUCCUCAGGCCUCUACGCCACCAACAACUCAGUGUCCAACCCCGCCAACUACACUGCCACACAGCAGGAUUAUCCCUCAUAUACGACAUUUGGCCAAAACCAGUAUGCCCAGUAUUAUUCCACCUCCACUUACGGGACUUAUAUGACCUCCAACAGCGUGGAUGGCACAGGCUCCACAGCAGCCUACCAGCUGCAAGAUCCCGCCCCUGCCAUGACCGGACAGGCUGCUGAACUUCACCCAGUCUCAGGGGACUUUGAUACAGUGCAGAGCCCCUCCACGCCCAUCAAAGAGCUGGAUGACCGAGCCUGCCGGAGUGGGGGGUCCAAGUCCCGGGGCAGGGGCCGCAAGAACAACCCCUCCCCUCCCCCUGAUAGUGACCUGGAGAGGGUGUUUGUGUGGGAUCUGGACGAGACAAUAAUCGUCUUCCACUCUCUGCUCACGGGCUCCUACGCACAGAAAUACGGCAAGGACCCUCCGAUGGCGGUAACGCUGGGUCUGAGGAUGGAAGAGAUGAUCUUCAACUUGGCGGACACACACUUAUUCUUCAAUGAUCUGGAGGAGUGUGAUCAGGUACACAUUGAUGAUGUGUCAUCAGACGACAAUGGCCAGGACUUAAGUACUUACAGUUUUGCAACUGAUGGCUUCCAUGCAGCUGCAACCAGCGCCAACCUGUGCCUGGCUACGGGUGUCCGCGGCGGGGUCGACUGGAUGAGGAAACUGGCCUUCCGCUACCGACGAGUCAAAGAGAUGUAUAGCACGUACAAAAACAAUGUGGGGGGUCUGCUGGGUCCUGCUAAAAGAGACGCCUGGCUGCAGCUUAGAGCAGAGGUGGAGGCUCUGACCGACUCCUGGGUCACCCACGCACUCAAGUCUCUGUCCAUCAUCAGCUCCAGGAGUAACUGUGUAAACGUAAUGGUGACCACAACGCAGCUCAUACCAGCGCUGGCUAAAGUUCUCUUAUAUAGUCUGGGAUCUGCUUUCCCCGUCGAGAACAUUUACAGUGCAACAAAAAUAGGCAAAGAGAGCUGUUUUGAGCGUAUAGUCUCCCGCUUUGGCACUAACAUUACAUAUGUUGUGAUUGGCGAUGGGAAGGAUGAAGAGCAUGCGGCCAGCCAGGUAAACAAACGACUUCUGAACUGUGACGCCUCUGACCUUGUGACCCUCCUUCCUCCCCCUUGUUUAUUUGUUUUUUUUGCAGGAAAAGAGAGUUGCUUUGAGCGCAUAAUGCAAAGGUUUGGCAGGAAAGUAGUGUAUGUUGUAAUUGGGGACGGUGUGGAAGAGGAGCAGGCGGCCAAAAAGCACAACAUGCCUUUCUGGAGGAUAUCCAGUCACUCUGACCUGCUGGCACUACACCAAGCACUGGAGUUCGAGUACCUGUAACUCUAAUAGCAAUAUGGACUCAUGCAAUGUUACCGCAGACAUGGUCAGCCCCCUUCUUUUGUACAACUAUUUAAGAACAAAUACACUGCAUCCGUUUUUGUGAUUUUUUUUUUUUUUUGUCUCUGACAAAACUCUGAACGGUCUUAAGAAGCAACGGUGGUAGAGAAAAGAACAGUUGAGAGAUGACUC